UGGUGUGACGCAUGCGCAGUGUAACCGGAGCGGCGACCAGAUCUUACUGCGCAUGCGUUAUACCUCGAUGAUAUGACGCGUGAUGUCUCCUCUUCUCACAUUCCUUGUAUUGUUGCAUGAGGAAAUACAGAGUUAAUAAAUGAAACCGACUCUCUCUCACACACACACUGCUCAGCUGGACUACAUUAUAAAACUGACUAAAAAGAGCCUUUACAGUAACAUGUCAGCCGCUCUUUGUGCCUUUAUCCUGACGUUUUCAACACUAUGCGGAUCCAGAGUGGUAUCAGGAGUCCUCAGCACACCCACAAAUGUCCGAUUGACCUCCUAUAACAUGAAUAUGGUGCUGAGGUGGGAUUCUCCUGAGCAGCCAGCCAGCGACCUGGUCUACACAACACAAUACAAACCCUCAUUCGCAGGCGCAGAAUACAGAGUGGGCUGUGUGAACAUCUCCACCCUUGAAUGUGACUUCACCCGCCUCAACAUCUCCAUAUUUCAUUUUGGAAAGUAUACGGGCAGAGUGCGGGCGCAGUCGGGGACAGAGAGCUCCGCCUGGAUGGAAAGUGGCCAGAUAAACUUGGACAGAGAUACCAUCAUCAGUUCACCCAAUGUCUCUCUCCACUCCAAUGGGGCUACUAUCGAAGUCAGCAUUAAAGAUCCAGUGUUCGCCAUCUCUGCACUCAGGAAUGUUUUCAACUCGGCCACCUACACCAUCACCCACUGGAAGGACGGCAAGAAGGAAAAGGCCGCAACCCUCAGCAACGUACAGCAAAACCGGGUGGUUCUUCAUAAACUGGACCCCUGGACCAAGUACUGCGUCCAAGUCCAAAUCAUCACAGAGCGAAAAAACCCCAGCAAUCCCAGCGCAGUUGUCUGUGAGAGCACUACCAUCGAAGAAGAGGCUCCGUGGGUGUCAGCCGUGGGGACAUUUGUCGUCAUGGCAAUGGCAGUGACUCUGGUGGUGGUUGCAGUGGUGUAUCGGAAACAUAUAUCCCACUUUCUCUGUCCAAAAGAUUUACUGCCUCAGCAAUUUAAAGAGAACCUGCUGUCACCCCCCAACUCGUCCAUGUACCUAGCCAUGCGCAACUCCCAUCCACCUGAGGAGAUCUACGACCAGGUCAGCAUCAUCGCAGACAGAAGGACUAGUGAAAGGACGCCCUCUGGAGGCAGCGGGGAGUAGCUGCAGCAAACAGCCUGACACCUACACAAAGAGAUAGAAGGAAGAGGGAAAGGCUGAAAAGCAGAGAAGCAAUGAAGAAGAGCCCUUCUGCAGGCUGCAGUCUUCUGGGACUGUUAGAGAUUAUCAGCGGGGACGACUUUAAAGACACUGAGAAACAGUGAAGCAAUGGAUUCUUGGUUGACUUCAGAGAUUUAAUGCAACAAAUUCUGCAGCAGGCCCAUUGUUUGCCCCGAGUUUGUGUGCUGUACAGUCGUAAUGUUGCUCGCAGUAUUACCACUGUACAUAACAGAUGGAAUGUGGCACGGCCCAUUGGAGCGGCCUUCACUUCGCGCCCUUUAUGCUGCCAUGGUGCUAUAAGAUCCACCACUUAAGGUGAAUGAUUCUGUAUUAUCAAAGUAUGGACUUAAAAAAAACCUGCAUAAUCUGCCAUUCAAUGGGCAUCACAUUUUGUGAGGCAUACAUAGUUUUAAUUUCCUCAUUGUGGCAAUAUGAAGGUUUUUUUCCUAAUGAAAAUGAAGUCAGUGGUGAUAGUUAAGAGAAGCUAGAGCUGAAGGUGUGUUUGUCAUACAGUGUGUUCCAAUCCACAUACUUCCUGAUGUACACUUCAAUGUACUCUCUACUUACUUGAGUAGUGCAUGAAUUUCAGUAGGGUAGGGUUGUCUCAAAUCGAAUACUCUGCGGCGCACUUACCAGAAAUGACGAUCGCAACAUUUUACCGCGGCUCGCUACCCGCCAAAAUAU